AUGGAUCUGAGUCUACAAGAAAUUCUAGAAGAUUUAUCCAGUGUUGACAUGCCGUCCAUCAUACCAAAUUUCAAUUCCAUAUUGGAUGAUCUUCGACGAUUUGAUAUUCCAACACCGGAGUCGUCACCUAACAGUUACGAUGGAAUGUCGAGCGCAACGUCACCCAGGGAACAACAAUACGUUACGUUGACACCCCCGCAAAGUCCUUUGGAAAUCUACGAUGCAGCAGCUGUGAUACCAGGAAUUGAGGAUGUUACAAUCUGGCAAGAUUCCGGAAACUCGAGUAUGGGAAGUUAUGCUACGACGACAACAGAGGAGCCCUACGGACAGGAUGUUACACAUCAACCGAGUAUCAUCGAGUAUUUUUCAUCAUUUGCACAAGAGAUUUCGUCGUCGUGCGAUGUGACUCAGGAACCUAUUUACAUAACCUGGUCAGUUGUUUUGCCAGUCGAAGAGGCUCCACCAGUUUCGGCCACAUCACAAACUCAACAACUCAUCGAAGUGCCCCAGAAUGAGCUGCAGAGUAAACCGCAAAGGACGGCCCACAUUACCUACGGUACUGAAUUAUACUGUAAGCAGUGCAAUAAGGAAUUCGGCCGCAAGGGGAGUCUUCAACAGCAUAUCCGCAGGUUUCAUGCCAGCGAACGGCCAUUUCGAUGUGGAACCUGUGGCAAGAGAUUUGUGACCGAGGAACAGUUAGCAAAACAUAAGCUGAGGCAUGAUCCCAAAAAUAGGCAAUUUCCCUGCCCGCAAUGCGAGAAGUCCUACGCUCAUGUGAAGGACCGCGACCGACACUUUGACGCCCAUCAUGGAACGCCAGCUCAUCAGUGCAAGUACUGUGGGAAGCGUUUCACACGUCGGGAUCACUUGUUGGCUCACGAGCAGGCUCAUGAAAAGCAGGGUUUGAUGGAGUUGCAACGUGGUCGCCGUCGUCGGAAGGUGCCUGGCGGCAAUGGAGUGCUUAUGCCAAUAGAUGUAUGA